GCACCCUCCCGUAAUUUCUUUGCAUCUAUCUUAUACAAACCUCACUCUCCCACAAGUGCUCGGGUGUCACAGACAUCAAGGAGAUGCCAGGUUAACCUGGGUUCCUAGUCAAGUCUCAUGCCACCAAUUCGAUAUUGAAAUGAAUAGACGAUGAUUACCCGAAAAAGGCACCACGGCGCUCGUAUCCUGGGUACGAUGUUCGAAACGCGUGAUGCCUGCCAGGAACCGUUCCUCGUUCUGGUGGCGCUGGUAGAACAGGAUUUCGUGCAGAGUAAAGGUGCACCUGGGUCCUGGAGACCCGAAGGCUGGAGGCUCCAUGUCAAGCGGGUUGGGGGCUCUCCGUCUGCACUCCGCAAUACUAGUUCAAUCGGGCAGAUGACAGUCCAAUGGGGACGAUGCUGGGAACGGGAGCAACAGCUUUCAACCGUUAGGUUCCCCCCAGGACCUUUCUUGAAUUGAGAGACUCGUUUAUAUCUCGCAGGAAGAGUUACGUACCGUAUGCAAGGAGUGCAUUCAUUCGCUUCACUAGAUUGCGAGUUAGUCAGUCAUUUGUCCUUAAUUAUACAGCGAAGUACACAG